AUGGCUAUGGAGCUAGAGCUUGAUGAUGAUGUCUUCUUUGCAGACAUUAGCAGACAGAUCUCUCUCCUUAUCAUGGAUGAAGAUGAACAGCUAAACCCUGUUUCUAUCUCUUCCUCCUCCCCCUCCUCUCUCUCAUUCCAGGGUUUGUUCAGAGGAGGCUACCAAGCGGCUCCAUAUGUGUAUCAACAAGAACAGAGCAAAGGGACUGGUGUGUUUAUCCCUAGAUCUUCUCAGCCGAGAAGAAGGCCUCAUCGUCUUCAGAAGCAAGGUAAGUUUAGUUCCUUCAACGCCAAGCAACAACACUCUCUUCAUCAAAACAGACAAGAGUAUCAGCAGAAUCAGGACAACUCGAGAUUUACUCUCACCGGUCACAACAACAACAACAAGAGCAGCAUGGUCAAUAUGUCGGCCAUUUCUUCACUCUUCCUUUUCUUCGUCCUCUUUCUCAUCUCUCUUCUCACCAUCUUGGCUUUGAUCGUACGGCCUAGAUCCGUCAGGAUCCCAAUCAAGUCGCGCCACGUCUUCAUCACCGGUGGAUCCAGCGGCAUCGGUCUCGCUCUCGCUCACCUCGCCGCCACCGAGGGCGCUCGAGUCUCAAUCCUCGCCCGCUCAGCUGAAAAGCUCGCCGAUGCGAAACGAUCCAUUCAGCUAGCCACCGGCGUCGAGAUCUCAACCUUCUCCGCCGACGUUCGCGAUUACGACGCCAUUUCGAAUGCGGUUGGCGAAUCGGGGCCGAUCGACGUGUUAAUCGUCAAUCAAGGCGUGUAUAUCGGGAAGGAGCUAGAGAAACAGAGUUCGGAGGAAGUCAAGUUGAUGAUUGAUGUGAAUCUGGUGGGAAGCUUCAAUGUGAUUAAACCGUUUUCCGUGGCUUGGAUUUCUUGUGGAAGGAUCGCCAGUCCUUAG